AUGCGUGGGGACAAGGCGGAGGAAGGAGUGGGACAGAUGGUAAUGUGGCGUACUGGUUUGGUUUAUGUAAUAUAUAAUACGGGCGGAAGGCACGGCUCUUACACUAUUGUUGGUGGUGGUGAUGGCAGUUCAUAUAAAGGAACACCCCAAAUGAUAACAUACUUUUUGUUUUGUUUAAAAUCUUUGAGGGCAACAACGACAACGGACAAGUCGACUGAGAAACGUCAUUACAAGAAUAAACGAACCGGUCGUUUCUUCUAA